AUGCUCAAGCGUCUCCCCCGCGGAGCUAUCCUUACCCUGACCAAGAUCACGCAAGAAUGCGAUUCGGGAGAUGAAGAUGAAGGUGAACAUCCGGACUGCUCCUCCUCAAGUAUACUUACUGGCAAGGUUCUCACCUUUGAUGGGGUCCGAUCCGAAACUACCGUGUCAGAGAUCAAGAACAAGAUCCGAGACAAGGAAGGCUAUCCAGUAGACAAGCAGCGCUUGAUUUUCGCUGGAGAGACACUGGAAUCAAGCCGCGUGCUCUCUGAUUAUAACAUCCAGCGUGAGAGCACGAUUCGCCUACUCUACAGCCACAAGGGCGGCAAGCCAGUCAUAUAUCUCUUCUCUCCUCAUGCGAUAUCCGACGCAACCGUGUCGAUCAGCCUCGCUCCACAAUGGUCAUUCUCCCACAUCUACCCGCAGGUAGACGUGAAGGCUCUGGCUGCUGGCAAGGAGCAGGCCUCCUGGUCCAUCUCAGCCAAUCCUAAUGGCUCGCUUCUCUCGUACCUCUUCUGGGAAGCUACUUCGAACACCGCCAUACCGCCGAGUCCUCCUCCGAGCCCUCGUCUUGAUGUACCCCCGCCUCUCGUCGAGCAUUUCGAUCCAGCCUACCCGUCCCUUACACCUGAGUCGCCCACCGCCAUCAUUAUUCCUUUCAGCCAGCUGCUCAUGUACCUCGAUCAUACCCUCAAAGCCCUCAGCCUCCACACCUCCGCUCGCAACGACUUCAUCACAUAUUGGCUCCCUGCGCUCUCCAAGAAGCCGUACGUUGCCCUCCGCUUCCUUCCCCAAGACGCGUACGAGCGCGCCGCCGAACUUGAGGUGACGCCGUUGCCGGAUGUCAUUACGCGUGUCUUUAUGCUGUUCGGAGGAGUGGAGGCGGAGGAAGUGGAAUUGUGGUCCGAGGCGAUGGAACAAGUCGGUAAGGUGGAUUGGGUGGACAUCGUGGGCGUGAAGUCGGGAGCUUGGGACGAGCGCGUAUUCAGAGUUCUGGAAUGGGGCGCUAUGGAGGUGUUGUGA